AUGGAUUUUUGGAAAGAUCACACAGGUUGCAACCUGUGGGGUACACUUAUGUUGGGGGAAUCCUCUCUCCAAUCACAUUACUUUAAAAACCAGUUUCCAGAAAAUACAAGAACAUCUGACAAUAUAGCAGAGAAAAACAAGCUGGCAGCGGAAAACGGACAUCUGUGGCAGCAGCCGUCAUGUUGCCAGGCCACCGAAAAGGGCAAAGUCAUAUAUGAAGUAAUUCAUACUUCACAACAAGAUAUCUCUGUUUUGCAAGUUAUAUGUGAAUUGGAAGCUUCACUGCAGGAUGACACACAAGUUCAUAUACACAGCAAUGGACACAGGAGAUCAUGUUGCCAGAAAGGUGGACACCAGUGUGAUAUUCAGUGUGAAUCAGUAAAUCUUAGUGCGGCCUCCAUAACACCUAAUUCAGAGUUCAAAUCAGAAGCAGAAACAGUAUCAGAAAAUAAGGGACUGUUUUCUGAUAAUCCUGAUGAAGAGUCAUUUCAGAAACAAGUUUCAUUAAAGCCUGCAAAACAAAAUGUCAGCAGGACAACAGAAACAUUAAGUCAUGAGGCUGAAAAUCCUUCAUAUGUCUCAUCAGAAUAUAAAUUUCCAAAGAAGCAAUUCUAUAAGUUCAGCAUUUUUCCAGGCAAAUGGGUUAAAGUUUGGUGUGACAGGCUUACAUUGUUGGCAUUGUUUGACAAAACUGAGAAUAUUGGGGAAAACAUCAUAGCAAUAUUGUUGGCCAUCUGUGUUUCAUUUUUUGGAUUUUUGCUUCUGCACCAAGACCUCUUCAAAGACAUUUGGGUAUUCCAGUUUUGUGUUGUUAUUGCAAGCUGCCAGUUUUGCCUUCUUAAGAGUGUACAGCCAGAUCCUGCAUCUCCAGUCCAUGGGUAUAACCAGAUCAUUACAUACAGCAGACCAGUUUAUUUUUGUAUUUUGUGUAGUGUUAUUUUGCUGCUAAAUGCUGGUUCUGAAGUAAAAGGAUUACAUUCACACACACUGUAUGGAUUCCAUUUUUUGUCUCCAGAAUGUUUCCAGAUUGUCAGAGAUCAAAUUAUUGUGCUUGUGAGCUUGUUUCCUCUUAUUUCUCUCCUGGGACUCUUUCCUCAAGUUAAUACAUUUUGUGUAUAUUUUCUGGAGCAAGUAGAUGUCCUUGUGUUUGGUGGCUCUGCAAAAGCUGGAUUUCUGUCUGCAGUCUACAGUUUAUUACAGAGCAUUCUUAUUGUUGCUCUUUUAUUCAUUGUUUGCCACCAAUCCAUAAUGGAGCCCUGGGACAUUAGACACAUACCACCUCUCUUUUCUAUUUUUUGUGGUCUUUUGAUUUCGCUUUCUUAUCACUUAAGCCGACAAACUAGUGAUCCAUCUAUUCUAAUCUCCCUGGUUAAAUGUAAACUAUUUCGCAGACUGUUUUGUGAAAAUGUGAAAAUUAUUCCAACACAGCAAGAAGAUCCUUUACCACAAAAGAUGAAGAGAUUAGUGAAAGAAAUUCUAAUAUCCGAUCUUAUUGUCUGCACAGUUGUUGCUAUUUUGACAUUUGCAGUCAGUGCCAGCACAGUGUUUUUGUCUCUAAGACCAUUUCUUAGUAUUGUGUUACUUGCCUUAACAUUGAUAGUGGGUGUCUUGGCACACUAUGUAAUUCCUCAGCUUCGAAAACAUCAUCCUUGGCUAUGGAUUUCUCAGCCAGUUCUACAAAACAGAGAAUAUAAACAGAGGGAAGUUCUUGGCGCAGCACAACUGAUGUGGUUUGAAAAGGUUUAUGUGUGGCUUGUCUGCCUUGAGAAAUAUGUCUUGUAUCCAUCAAUCAUUUUAAGUGCUGCAACUAUUGAGGCAUUUUCAAUCAGCAAAUACUCAAGAUUUGGAAAAAAAUUGGAUUCUUUGUUAAUAUCCGUUGCUGGAUUAAAACUUCUAAGAUCUUGUUUCUGCAGUCCUAUUCAUCAGUAUCUGGUUUUUGGAUUUACAGUCCUAUUUUUUCUCUUUGACUAUCACGUUAUUUCUGAAAGCUUUUUACUGGAUUUUUAUUUUAUGACCAUCUUGUUCUACAAGUUUCUUGAACUACUAAAUAAGAUGAAUUAUGUGUUAGCGUAUAUAGCACCGUGGCAAAUAGCUUGGGGAUCUUCAUUUCAUGUAUUUGCUCAACUUUUUGCCAUACCCCAUUCUGCUAUGCUUUUCAUUCAAACAGCUGCUACUUCAGUCUUGUCAAUGCCACUUAGUCCUUUUCUUGGCAGUGUUAUUUUUGUAGCAUCAUAUGCAAGACCAACCAAAUUCUGGGAGAAAAAAAACAGCACUGUGCGACUUGACAAUUUGAAUACAAGAUUACAACAGCAAAUUGAAAAAGAUCCAGGAAAUGAUGACAACAAUUUAAAUUCCAUUUUUUAUGAGCAUCUUACAAGAUCCCUUCAACGUUCUUUGUGUGGAGACUUGAUCUUGGGGCGAUGGGGGAAUUAUUCCGCUGGUGACUGCUUUAUUUUAGCAUCCGAUUAUCUAAAUGCACUGGUACACUUGGUUGAAAUUGGAAAUGGUUUCAUUUCUUUCCAGCUUCGUGGCCUUGAGUUUAAAGGAUUAUACUGUCAUCAACGUGAAGUGGAAGCAAUAACUGAAGGUUAUGACAUCAAUCAAGGAUGUUGCUGCUUUCAACCCGGUCAUUUGCCUCAUAUGCUUUCAUGUAAUUCAGCAUUCAACCUAAGAUGGCUGACAUGGGAAGUAAUUAGGGGCCAAUACAUACUAGAAGGAUACAAUGUCAUUUAUAGUAAUGCAGCAAAUCUGUUUCAAGUAUUUGAUCUUCGAAAAAUUCUCAUCAGAUAUUAUGUAAAGAGCAUAAUAUACUUUACAACACGUUCACCAAAGCUUCUUCAAUGGCUAAAUGAUGAAUCAAUGCAGAAGGCUUUACAAUUGUACACAAAGUGGGAUCAUGUAGAAAAUGACCACACAAUGUUCAAUAUUAACAUAGAUGAAGACUACAUUCCAUGCCUUCAAGGUAUUACAAGAGCCAGCUUCUGCAGUGUUUAUCUGGACUGGAUUCAGUACUGUGCUAAACAAAACCCAAAGAAAGUGGACUUUGAUGAAGACUCUUUCCUGGUAACCAUUUGCUUUGGAUUGUGCAUUUUGGGCAGAAGGCUUCUGGCAACGGCAACACAUCACUUGUCUUUCAGCUUGGAUUCAUUUCUCCAUGGCCUUCAUACCUUAUUUAAAGGACAUUAUCGAAUAUCUAAAGAAGAAGAAUGGGUGUUUGUGGAUAUGGACUUGUUCCACACUGUCAUUUCUCCAGCAAUUCGAAUGUCUUUGAAGCUCCACCAAAGUCAGUUUGCUUGUCCUGAAGAAUAUGAAGACCAUCCUGGCCUUUUUGAUGCAAUUAGGAUAUUUGAAGAAAGGGUUGUCAUUUGUGAUGAAAAGGAUCCUGCUUGGAGGGCUGCAAUACUGUCCAACAAAGAAGAGCUUUUGACACUGAGGCAUGUUGUUGAUGAAGGGAAUGAUGACUACAGUGUUAUUAUGCUUCAAAAAAGUUAUCUCAGCUUUAAAGUUAUAAAGGUUAACAAGGAAUGUGUUAGAGGGCUCUGGGCUGGACAACAACAGGAACUAAUUUUCCUUCGUAAUCGUGAUCAUGAACGGGGCAGCAUUCAGAAUAACAAGCACGUGUUAAGAAAUCUAAUCAACUCAUCCUGUGAUCAGCCUUUGGGUUACCCAAUAUACGUUUCUCCUAUAACUAUUUCUUACCUAGGAAUGCAUGAGCAACUCAAUACGUUGCUGGCUGGACCAGUUGAUGUUGGCCAUAUUACAACAUUGUUUCAAACAAAAUGGCGUGUCAUGAGGAAAGGGAAUGACAGAAGUAAUGACAACGCAGGAAAUGCUGAAGAGGCAGAUCGUGAGAGAAGUUUAUCCUCAGUAACCAGCUAUUCGGAAAGCAACACAAGUCAAAGUUUAAGAAACUCUCAGAAUGUUUGUAAUGAAAAUCCAGAGGGUAAAUGCUUGGAUAUAAAAAGUCUGCAACCGAUAGGUAAACGAAAAUUGAAGAGUAAAUCGGCACACACCCAUUCUUCUUUAAACCAGAUUUCUGCGCUUUCCGGGGCAAACAAGGAAAAACGUCACGGUUGCUGUGAUACAACAGCUGAUUACAAGCUUACCAAAAGGCUAUCUUCAAGUCAACACUGUGUACAAAACUGCACUCACUCUCCUUUUCCUCAUGCAAAUAAAAAUAUAAAUGAGCAGACCAGAGAGGACCAGUCCGGUCAUACAUCAUCCACAAAUUCUACAUUAAGCCUUUUGUUCGGAAAGAAAGGCUUUUCUAGUGCACUCGUUCUGUCGGGUCUGUCAGCUGCUGAUGGAGACAAUACAGCAGACACACUAUCCUCUGGUAGUGUAAACAUUGUAGUGUGUCCGCUUUCUAGAACUGGAAAUCAAAGAGAGAAAUUUUAUGAAACUUUUGAAUGUGCUGAGAUUGCAGAGGCAAGUCAAAUGUCUGAACAAGAACAUCAAGGAGGAGCUGCCAACACUCUGGAAACAUCAACUGUCAGCCACUAAAAAAAAAAGUUGAUGUCAUUGUCUUUCUGUAAUUAAAUCAAAUUUUCACUGACAAGCAAAAAUUGUGAGCAUGUAGCUGCAACCUCAAACUAUGUGACUUUCAAAUUAAAGAUUUUUCAGGGACAUAUAAUAUGCAAAGAUGAACGGCUAACAUGCCUUGCAUGCCCAUUGAUAUGUUUAAUCAC